UAUCCAAGCAUGAUUAAGGCUGCGUUGACCCUUAUCUGAAUAUCUGUAUACUGUAUAGUACAAUGCAACUAUACUGUGUGUAAAUAAUCCCAAUCCAUUACAGCAAGAAAAAGGUAUCCGAAAAUGUCAAGCUCUCACAAAAAGAACGAUGUGUUCAUUAGCUUUAGAGGUGAAGAUACCCGUGAAACCUUGACAAGCCAUCUCUACGAUGCACUCAAGAAAGAAAAAAUCGAAACAUACAUUGACUACAAACUUCAAAAAGGAGAUCAAGUUUGGUGUGAACUCGUCAAAGCAAUUCAACAUUCAACUGUGUCUAUCGUUGUGUUUUCAGAAAACUAUGCUUCCUCGAAGUGGUGUUUAGAUGAACUUGUUCAAAUACUUGAAUGUAGAAAAAAUAACGGUCAAGUAGUUAUACCAGUGUUUUAUAGAGUAGAUCCAUCACAUAUUCGUCAUCAGAAAGAGAGUUAUGAGAGAGCAUUUGCAAAAUAUGAGAGACAGAUUAGGAAUGAUGAAUCUCAUGAAGAGAAAGUGUUGGGUUGGAAAGCUGCACUCAGAGAAGCUGCUAAUAUUUCUGGAUGGGAUUCAUCUACUUUCAAGGAUGAUUCUCAUGUCAUCGAGAAUAUUGUGAGAGAUGUUUGGCAGAAGUUGACCCUGAUGUAUCCUAAGGUCUUGAAAGGCAUUCAAAUUGAUGAAAACAGUAAACAUGUUGAUUUAUUACUGAAAAAAGUUUCAAGAAUUGGAAUAUGGGGUAUGGGUGGCAUAGGAAAGACAACCAUAGCAAGACUCAUGUUUGUGAAAAACAUUGCAAAAUAUGACAGUGUAUGCUUCAUGGAAAAGGUAAAAGAAGAAUCAGAAAAGCUCGGACUAACACAAGUACGUAAUAAUAUUUUUAGCGAGCUACUAAAGAGACAGAUUACUGCAUCAGAUGUUAUUGGAGACACAUUCAUUAAGAGGAGGCUCAGUGGUAGAAAAGUUUUCAUUGUACUUGAUAAUGUCAGUAAUGCUGCACAAUUAGAUUAUUUGUGUGGAGAACUUGAUGAACUUGGACCAAACAGUAGACUCAUUAUCACAACAAGAGACAGGCACACACUCAGGGGAAGAGUUGAUGCUAUACACGAGGUUAAAAACUGGAACUUCGAAGAAUCUUUAAAUCUUUUUAUAUUUGAAGCCUUCAAGCAAAGCUGUCCGCAAAAGGGUUACGAGGGUCUUUUGGAAAGGGCUGUUGAAUAUGCAGGAGGAGUUCCAUUAGCUUUGAAAGUUUUAGGUUCUCAUUUUCAUUCUAGAAGUCCUAAAUUUUGGAAAUCUGAAUUGGAUUAUUUGAAGGACAAAAGAGAAUGCAUGGAUGAAAUUCAAAAAGUGCUACAAGUGAGCUAUAGUGGAUUAACAAAGCGUGAGAAGGAAAUUUUUCUAGACAUUGCAUUCUUUUAUGAAGGUGAAAGUAAAAAUUUCGCCACAAAGAUACUAGAUGCAUGUGGUUUGAGCGCUACUAGUGGGAUAGAAAUACUUGAAGAUAAAGCUCUUAUAACUAUUUCAAUUAGUAAUACAAUACAAGUUCACGACUUACUACAACAAAUGGCUUUUGAUAUAGUUCGUAAUGACCAAGGAAAGCGUAGCCGAUUGAGGGAUAUUGAAGAAGUUCGCGAUGUACUUAAAUAUAAAAAGGGGGCUGAUGUUGUGGAAGGCAUAAUAUUCGAUUUGUCUCAAAAAUCAAAUUUAUAUGUCAAAGCCGACGUAUUUGACAUGAUGGUUGAUUUACGAUUUCUUAGACUAUAUGUACCCUUGGGUAAGAAGAGAUUGGCUACCUUGAAUCAUUCUGAUCAAGGCAUUAAGCAAUUUUCUGAUAAACUUAGAUACCUUGAGUGGAAUGGAUACCCUUUCAAGUGUCUUCCAGAUCAUUUUUGUGCUGAGUUUCUUGUUGAGAUUCGCUUGCCGCAUAGCAAUGUAGAGUAUCUCUGGCACGGGAUACAGGAACUUGUGAAUUUAGAGGCAAUCGACCUAAGUGAGUGCAAACAUUUGACCAACCUCCCUGAUUUGUCUGAGGCGUCAAAACUCAGAUCGUUGUACCUUUCAGGCUGUGAAAGUUUGUGUGAAAUUCAACCUUCUAUUUUUUCUAAGGACACGCUUGUUACUCUAUUGCUUGAUAGGUGCACAAAUCUGCAAAGUCUCGUGAGUGAGAAACAUUUAAAAUCUCUACAAAAGAUCAAUGUCUACGGAUGUUCAAGCCUGAAGGAACUUUCAUUGUCCUCUGAUUCAAUUGAAAGUUUGGAUUUAAGCAAUACAGGAGUUGAAAUAUUGCAUUCUACAAUUAGUGGUAUGAGCAAUCUUCUGUGGCUCAACUUAGAAGGUUUAAAACUCACAAAUCUACCGAAUGAGUUGUCUUGUCUCAGAUUACUUACUGAACUUCGACUUUCUAACUGUGAUAUAGCAACUAAAUCGAACUUAGAAGGCAUAUUUGAUGGCUUGGAAUCAUUGAAAAUACUAUAUUUAAAAGAUUGUGGUAACUUGGUUGAACUCCCUACAAACAUCAAUUCUUUAUCGUCAUUGUAUGAGUUAAGACUAGAUGGAAGUAGUUUGGAGACGCUACCUUCAAGCAUCAAGUUUCUUUCAGAGUUAGAGAUUUUAUGCUUAGACAAUUGCAGAAAGCUUCAUUCUCUCCCAGAGCUUCCUCCAGAAAUCAAAGAGUUUCGUGCUGAAAACUGCACUUCAUUGGUCACUGUAUCCAGUUUGAAAACUUUUGCAGAAAAGAUAAAAGGAAAGGAGAAAUACAUUUCAUUCAAGAAUGACAUGAUGAUGAAUUUGAAUCGACCUUCAUUCAACUGGGUUGUGGAAGAUGUCAUAUUAACAAUGCAGAGCGUUGCAUUUCACAACAUAUUAGUAAGGCAAUACAGUUUGGAUGCCCACAGCUACAAUUAUAACAGUGCAGUGGUUUGCUUACCAGGAAGCGAAGUUCCAUGCCAGUUCAAAUACCGAACAUCAGACUCCAAAAUAACUAUUGGAUUUCCUGACAUAUAUUACUCCUUGGGAUUCAUUUUCUGGGUGGUUAUUUCUCCAUCCAAUAGAAUGAAGAAUGAGGAUGGUAGUGGUGCUAAAAUUCAAUGUAAAUGUUACAGAGAAGAUGGCAAUAGGGUGGGAAUUGUGAAUAAGUGGUAUAGUGAACCUAUUACAAAUUUAAGCAUGGAUCAUGUUUUUGUGUGGUAUGAUCUGUACUAUUCUCACAGCAUACUCGGUUAUGGUAAAAGGAAUGUUUCAUUUGAAUUUUUCCUUACAAAUGAUAUGAAGGAACAUGAUGGCUUCUUCAAUAUAAAAGAAUGUGGUAUUUCCCCAAUCUUAUCAACAGAGUUGCCAAGGCUUUUAAACAAAAUAAAUUUGAGUGCGGACAUGAAAUCAGAUUUGUAUAAUGCAGUGAAACUCCAGUCAAAGUGAAUUGGAACAUAUAAUGAGAAGAGUGUGGUCUCUUUACUAUUGUUUGCUAAUUCUUUUUUAUUCUAUUGAGUCAGACACGUUUGUAUGAUAUCCAUCAAUAUGUCAGAAGGUAGAUUGUUUCAACUCAACCAAUAUGAAGUAGAAAA